GAAGUUUUAUAGAAGGCCUGCUGUGCGCAAGAAGCCAACUUUCAGGAAGAGAACUGUCAAUGCAAAUGGAUAGCUAGUUAGCGAGAUAGCUAAUAUGUAAAGCAUUUGUUUAAAAGGGGAGAAGGGAUAUAUUAGCCAGUUGCGGGUCUGCUGUUGCCAUGGAGGAGACUGAUAGGGAGGCUGUUGCCACAGCAGUGCAGAGGGUUGCUGGGAUGCUGCAGCGGCCAGACCAGCUGGACAAAGUGGAGCAGUACCGUCGGAGAGAGGCGCGCAAGAAGGCCUCUGUGGAAGCCAGGCUAAAGGCAGCCAUCCAGUCGCAGCUGGACGGGGUACGCACAGGUCUCAGCCAGCUCCACAACGCCCUGGGCGACGUCAAGGACAUCCAGAACUCGCUGGCUGACGUCAGCAAGGACUGGAGGCAGAGCAUCAACACCAUAGAGAACCUGAAGGACGUGAAGGAUGUGGUGGUGCACCACAGCCAACUAGCAUCUGCUGUGGAGAACCUCAAGAACAUCUUCUCAGUGCCAGAGAUCGUGGAGGAGACGGAGGAUCUGAUCGAGCAGGCCGAGCUGCUGCAUGCGCACCGUAAGCUGAUGGACCUGGAGUGCUCGCGAGACGACCUGAUGUACGAGCAGUACCGCAUGGACAGCCAGAACGCGCGCGACAUGGGCCUGAUCCGCAGCUACUUCGGCGCCGUGCAGCGCCUCUCCGAGGAGCUGGCCAAGCAGCUGUGGAUGGUGCUGCAGCGGGCCAUGGUCACGGUGCGCCGAGACCCCACCAUGCUGGUGUCGGUGGUGCGCGUCAUCGAGCGCGAGGAGAAGAUCGACCGCCGCAUGCUGGACCGGCAGCGGCAGACGGGCUUCGUCCCGCCGGGCCGGCCCAAGGGCUGGAAGAAGAAGAUGUUCCAGGUGCUGGAGCGCACGGUGAGCACGCGCAUCGAGGGCGCCCAGGCCGAGACGCGCGAGCUGGACAAGAUGUGGCUGGUGCGGCUGCUGGAGAUCACGCGGCGGAACGUUCUGGACGACCUGCUGGUGGUGAAGAACCUGAUGGUGCAGUGCUUCCCUCCACACUACAACGCCUUCAGCGUCUUCUUCGACCUCUACCACCGCUCCCUCUCCACCCGCCUGCAGGAGCUGGCCGCCGAGGACCUGGAGGCCAACGAGAUUGUGUCGCUCGUCACCUGGGUACUCAACACCUACAAGAGCCCAGAGAUGAUGGGCCACCCUGAGCUCCUCAUGGAGCGUGACAUCAGCCAGCUGGAACCUCUCCUCCCCAAGGAGGUGGUGGACGAUCUACUCAGCAAGUACAUCCAGACCUUCACAUCCAACAUCACUGGCUGGCUCCGCAAGGCCCUGGAGACGGACAAGAAGGACUGGCAGAAGGAGACUGAGCCGGAGGCUGACCAGGACGGCUACUACCAGACCACACUUCCCGCCAUUGUGUUCCAGAUGUUUGAGCAGAAUCUCCAAGUGGCAGCCCAGAUUGACGAAUCCUUCAAAGAACAGGUGCUGGUGCUUUGCCUUAAACAGAUGAACUCAUUCCUACACAGGUACCGGGAUGAAGCAGUAGCCUACAAAGAAGAUCACUUGAAAAAUCGGCAGCUGCCUCUGUGCUAUGUCCAGUACAUGAUCGCCAUCAUCAACAACUGCCAGACAUUUAAGGAGUCAAUAAACAGUUUGAAGAAGAAGUACUCUAAGAGGAUGGAGCCCACAUCAAAUGACGCCGCCAUUGAGAAGACAUUAGACGCAGUGGCCAAAGAUGGCUGCGAGUUCCUGCUUGAUGAGGUCUUCAUGGACCUGGAGCAACACCUGAAUGAGCUUCUGACACGGAAGUGGAUCACCGGCUCCAAUGCAGUGGACACCAUUUGUGUGACUGUUGAAGAUUACUUCAAUGACUUUGCUAGGAUUAAGAAGCCAUACAAUGAGGAGAUGACGAGCAAAGCCCUCCGCAGAGUGGUGAUGGAGUACUUAAAGAGCGUGAUGCAGAAGCGCAUCUCCUUCAGAAACGCUGACGAGAGGAAGGAAGGUGCCGAACGGAUGAUUAAGGAGGCGGAGCAGUUCAAGUUCCUGUUCAGGAAGCUCUCCGCUGGUGGCGAGACUGACCAUUUGUGUGACAGUAUAACGGCUAUCGCUGAGGUAUUCAAACUCACUGACCCCACCCUGCUCUACCUCGAAGUGUCCACUCUGGUCUCUAAGUACCCGGAUAUCAGGGAGGAGCACAUCGUCGCUGUGCUAGCGGUGAGAGGGGAUGCCAGUCGGGAAAUGAGGCAGAUGAUCAUCGAGACACUGAACCAAAACAAGCCAUCCGUCAACACCAACGCUCAGCCCGUAUUCGGGGACAUUGCCGUGCCCGUGUCCAUGACCUCCAUGACUGUGCCAAAACUGCUGAAAUAACACCUGGAUCUAGACCGUUCCCACAGCCUGUGACCGCGCUAGGUUGCAGUGUGGUUAAAACUACUUGUUUUCUAUGCACUUUGAAGGGAAACGAUUCUCUGACCAGUAGCUGAGAUGUGUGUCAAUCAGCAAUAUACAAAAAUAAACGGUAUAAGGGAAUGUUGAUUUUUAAUUUUUGUACUGAUAGUGUGUUACCAUUUGAUACUUGGUGUACAGACAUUUGUCUACCAGCGUUUUUAUCAGGAGAAAUCAGGCCUUAAACCAUGCAGUAAAUCCAGAGAAGCGCACCUUCCAGAGAUUUAUGUAUGUGAAAAGAGUGAUUGCUAAAGGAUGAGUGCUGUUCUUUUGUAAUUGACCAUGUUCAUAUGCCAUACUGGAUGUAGAGGACGGUCCAUGCUUGCCCUCACCUCCAUUUGUCUGAAACCUUGUAUAAACCCUUCUGUUACUGAUUUACUGGUCUUUUUCAAAAGAACCACUUAAUUGUAGAACAAGCGAUUGUAAGGUUGCCUUAUUAAAACAUUUCAAUCAUUUUCA